AUGUCAGCCACUCCCAACCUCUUCAAAACCAUGGACUUCAAUCCCGUCCUUGACAUCGGUCCAAGCCCCCCACCAAGCCUACAACCCCUAAUAUCCUCCAACCCAGCCCUCAAAAUCUACACCCGCGCCUCCCCACAUUUCCAAGUCCUGAAAUCAGUCUGGAACCUCAAGUACGCCAGCAACGAACCCCUCGCCCUCAUCCGCCCCACGAACGCCUUAGAUGUAUCCACCAUCGUCAAGUUCUGCGUCGCUCACAGCAUCUCUCUGGCCGUCCGAUCAGGCGGCCACGACUUAUUCGGGCGCUCUAUCGUACCGGACGCUGUGAUUCUCGACAUUCGAGAGCUGAACAGCAUUGAGCUCGCUGAUGAUGAGAAGACGGUCGUUAUUGGCGGAGGGGUCCAGACUGUGGAUUUGGUCAACUUUCUUGAUGCGAAGGGACUGGUGACGCCGGCUUCGCUGGCUGGGAUAGUGGGUUGGGCGGGGUGGGCUUUUGCGGGCGGGUUUGGGCCGCUGGUUAAUGCUUUUGGGUUGGGUGUGGAUCAGAUUGUUGGUGCUAGAGUUGUUGCUGCGGCUGGGGAAGUGGUGGAGGCUGAUUCGGAGCUGUUGUGGGGUGUUAAAGGUGCUGGUGGUGCUUUUGGAGUCGUGACGGACUUGACGAUUAAGGUUCAUCCCUUGAAGAGGAUGUUGGGUGGUAUGAUCUUGUUUCAAUUCGAUCAAGCUGGGAAGGUCAUUGAGGAGGCGCAGAGAAUUUUUGAGAAUGAAGUGGUUCCUAAGGAGUUGUGUGUUGGCGUGCACUUUUCUAAGAGGGGAGGGGCGCCUAUGCUGUCGUCGGCGUUUUCUUGGGUCUCGGAGGAUAUUGAGGAGGGGAGAAAGUGGCUCGAGAGAAUCAAAGGUUUGGGCAAGGUAAUGAUGGAUAUGGUUUCGGAAACAACCCCAAAGAAAUGGUCAGACUUUAUGGGACCGAUGCUUCCCCCACCUUCACACAACCACUCUCGGUCAUUCUUCAUCAGCAAGAUGACCCCAGCUGCUGUAGAGAUCCUUUCGUCUGCAACGCAUAGAAUCCCAGAGGGCGUGCAAUUUGGCAUCGGGAAUUUCUUUGUUGGUGGUGAAGCAAUUAAACCUCGACCGGAUUCGUCCUACAGGCUGCGGGAGCCGUAUGUCUUUGUCCAUGCCCUUGCUCCACUUUUGGAUCCAACAAGAAUUGAGGAGGCUGUGAAGUGGCCUGAAGGUAUCUUUGCGGCAUUAGAAAAGGAGGGGCUGGUGAAGGCAAACUAUGUGGCGAUUCUGGAGGAGGGAUUGAGUGUUGAGGAGUGCUUUGGGAAGGAGAACUUUGAAAGGCUUAGAGCGUUGAAGAAAAGGAUUGAUCCGGAGAACUUCUUUCGAUUCACACCUGCAAAUCUGGUUUAG